AUAGAGAGACCAACUAUACAUAAGCUUCACCAUCCUAUACAUAAUUUCAAGUAUCAUAGUUAAGUUUAGUGGGUAAAAUGGGCUCUAAGACAUUUAUGUUCCUUGGCCUUUUUUUGGCCAUUUAUGUAAUGAUAAGCUCUGAGGUUGUAGCUAACGAGUUUACUGAGACUUCAGAAGAGAAGUCAAAAAAAUCCAAUAACAAGAAUGUAGUACAUGAAGACCAAUUUGGUGGCGGAUACCCCGGCGGUGGCGGUGGAUACCCUGGCGGUGGUGGUGGAUACCCCGGUGGUGGUGGUGGAUACCCUGGUGGUGGUGGUGGCGGCUACCCUGGUGGUGGCCGCGGUGGUGGUGGCUACCCUGGCGGCGGUCGUGGUAGAGGCGGAUAUCCCGGUGGCGGCCGCAGGGGAUACCCUGGCGGUGGUCGCGGACGUGGUGGAUAUCCUGGCGGCGGACGUGGUGGCGGUGGAUACCCCGGCGGUGGACGUGGUGGCGGUGGAUACCCUGGCGGCGGACGUGGCGGCGGUGGUGGUGUAGGAUAUUGCCGCAAUGGUUGUUGCAACGGCAAUAACUAUGAGUGCUAUAGUUGCUGUUAAUUAUGGGGAGCAAUAAAUAUUUGUAAUGGCAAAGAUGUAAUACUAGUGAUUAAAACUCUUCCUACUUUAAUUUAAUUUCUACAACUUUUUGUAAGAAUUAUGAAAUAAAAAGUCAUCAUGUAUGUAACGUUUGUUAAUUAUGCUAUGCUGUGAGACAAUAUUUUCCCUAA